AUGAACACGUAUAUUCCAAGAGAGUUAACUGAAGAAAUUCUGAUGAAGUUGCCUGUGAAGUCUCUUGUAAGCUUCAAGUGUGUGAGAAAAGAGUGGAAUAAUCUGAUUUCUGACCCUGAAUUCGCAGAGAGACAUUUCAAGUAUGGGCAACGGACAGAGAAAUUGAUGAUCACAACAUCUGAUGUUAACCACUUCAAAAGCAUUAACCCCAUUAAAUCCUUACAUGAUGAAUCUUCCUGCCAAUCAUUGUCCCUUAGUUUUUUGGGCCAUCGUCAUCCUAAACCUUGUGUUCAAAUAAAAGGUUCUUGCAGAGGUUUUCUUCUUCUGGAAUCCUGUCGUACUCUUUAUCUGUGGAAUCCAUCCACAGGUCAAAACAAAAUGAUACAAUGGUCUUCCAAUGUCUCCUUCAUUACCCCUGGCGAUUCCUUCUUGUUCUGUCAUGGUCUUGGAUAUGAUCCAAGAACAAAAGAUUACGUGGUGGUUGUAAUCUCCUUUGCCGAAUAUGACUCUCCAAGCCACAUGGAGUGUUUCUCAGUUAAAGAGAAUGCAUGGAUACAUAUUCAACUUGCUGCAGAUUUGCAUUACAAAUCAUGCAAGUUUUGGACUGGCCGCAACAACUUAACUGGGACAUUUUUUAACAAUGCCCUCCACUGGUUUGUUUAUAAUUAUGAGGCAUACAUGCAUGUUGUUCUUGCCUUUGAUUUGGUAGGAAGAACUUUUUCAGAGAUACAUGUGCCGAACGAGUUUGAAUUUAAAAUGUAUUGCCAACCUCAUGCUUUGAAUGUAGUUGGAGGAUCACUGUGUCUAUGUGUUACGAGGGAGAUGGGGCAGGUUGAAGCUUCAAUUCAAAUAUGGGAAUUGAAACAAUACACAGACCACACAUCUUGGACAAAGACGAAUACUUUGAUUAUCAAUGACAUUUGGUUUGGUUUAUUCUUACCAAUAUGCAAUGCUGAAAAUGGUUGUAUUGUUGGAAGUGAUCAUGCUGGCGUAUUGGUCAAAUGGAAUCAAGAUGGAGAGGUGGAAGAACAAAGAUCAUUUGAUUAUAUUCGUGAUGGAUACCAAGUGAUUGCGUAUAGAGAGACUCUUUUUACAAUUUAG